ACAAGAAAAAGAAACGAGGAGAAGAAGGGAGAAAAUUUUCAACGAAGACAGACCGAAGAAGAGUGCAGCGGGAAGGACUGAGUGAGGACUGAGAGUGAGAUGGUGUGGGCGGCUGCCAGUCAGCAGUUUCCGAGGGGGAGGCGCCGACGUGCAUGGGGUGGGGCCGCCCUGUGCUGGGUCCUCCUCAUGGUGGCGACCCCCAAGAUCCCUUACUCACCCAAGAACCACAUCUACGCCGACAUGCGCAAUUUCCUCGGGGUGCCCAACACGCUGAAUGUGAUCACGAACUUCCCCUUCUUGGCCGUGGGUGUCGUCGGUUUCGUGUUCUGCCUCCAGGGCUGCUUCUUCAACAUUAGUUUGCGUGGAGAGUUGUUGGGGUGGGCGCUGUUCUUCGUUGGAAUAGCUGGUGUAGCAUUCGGGUCAGCUUAUUAUCACCUGAAGCCCAUUGAGGGCAGAGUGAUGUGGGAUGCUUUACCGAUGAUGAUUGCAUAUGCAUCACUAUUUUCUAGCUUUGUUGUGGAGAGAGUGGGGCAGAGGACAGGACUAUGUUGUUUUAUCCUGCUCCUUCUAGUCGCCCUUCUCAGCGCCUCUUACGAAAGAACAUUUAACGAUCUGCGAUUACGCAUGAUGUUUCAGCUGAUCCCAUGUGCUCUCAUCCCAUUUAUGUCGUUCCUGUUCCCAUCCAAAUACACUCACUCGAGGUACUGGCUAUGGGCAGCAGGAAUGUUGAAAACCUUUCGAUUGGUUAAUCUGGUACCAGGCGUAUACCUUUUCUCCAAGUUUGAAGCUCUCGCUGACAAGAAGAUAUACCAUUCAAGCAGUUUCCUCAUCAGUGGGCACUCCUUGGAGCACCUCUGCCUGUCAAUGUACCCGGUCCUGCUCACUGUCAUGCUCAUGAAUCGGAAACUCAAGUUUCAGAGAUUAGGCGAUCUUAAGGGACGAAACUGAAGCACUCGAGAACAUGGAAAGAAAGACAUCUAAUCGGAGUUUGGGGUGGUAAGCUUCCGUUGACAAAAGACCUUUCAUAAUGGACCGACAGUACGCUUCCAUAUUAACUCAUCGACCAGAAUGAUGGCUGUCUCAUCAACGUCUCUUACUGCCAUUAAUCCUAUUCUCGAUGUAUAGCUGGGAUUCGAAGAGGAUUCGGAGCUCACUUUUAGGCUUUUCGGACUAAAAACGUAAAUAUCAUUGUUGAUAUUUUUUUUUCCUGGUUUUCAAGGAAUUUUUUUUUUGGGGGGAGGGAGGGGUUUGAAUUCAGGCAGUACAAUUUGUUGAUUGCUAAGUGGAUUUGAUCGAUUGGCAUUCCAUUUUUGUUUCAACUGUA